AUCAUGGAUUUUGAAGAGAAGCGAAGGAUGUUCGAGAAGAAAGGAGGCAAAGUACCGAUACCCCAACUAGAGUCACGUGGUAAUAAAACGGCCAGUGCCAAUGCUGUUAAUGUAAAGCUUGCAGAGAAGUACAAACUCUCAUUGUUCGAGAGACCAUUACCACUUAUCGUCAAAAACGAUGAUGGUGAAGGAAACGCACUGUCUUACAAUCAUGAUACCCUUGAGGAACUUAGCCAAAUCGAGGAGCCAUUAUGUGUCAUAGCUGUAGCUGGAUGUCUGAGGAGUGGAAAAUCGUACCUUCUUAGUCGCCUUGUACAGAAGUGUGGCCGUUGA